CUUUUUUCUACAUUUUAAAUCUUUUUUUAAAUACAAAUGAAUAAGCAAGAGAUUGAAAAGGUGGAAAGUGUGAACGGAGGAGAUCAGAAUGAUGAUUUGAGUUUCAAGCAAUAUACAGAGAAAGAAGAAGAAAAGAAGAAGAGUCUCUUUCAUCGUGUCAAGGAUUCUAUUUAUCAAAAGCCCGAAAAGACAGAAAAUGUCUGGCACUUGUUAACCAACUUGACAAACACACAGAGAAUUACUUUUGCUGCUGCAUUCUUUGGCUGGACUUUAGAUGCAUUUGAUUUCUUUUCUGUGUCCUUGUCAGCUACUCGUAUUGCUGAGACUUAUGGUGUCCAACCAUCGGAAGUCACAAGUGCUAUUACUACUACUUUGAUGCUACGUCCAAUUGGUGCGUUAAUCUUUGGUGCUUUAGCUGAUAAAUUCGGUCGUCGUUGGCCUUUAAUGAUUGACAUUGUAUUGUUUUCGGUGAUUAAUAUGGCGAGUGGUUUUGCGCCUAAUCUCAAGGUGUUUAUUGCGUUACGAGCCUUAUUCGGUAUUGCGAUGGGUGGUGAAUGGGGUUUAGGUGCUAGUUUAGCUUUGGAGGCGUUACCUGUGGAAGCACGUGGUUUAUUCUCGGGUAUCUACCAACAGGGUUAUGCGUGUGGUUAUCUUUUGGCGACCUUGGUGAAUUAUGCGGUAGUGCAGACGGAUUCUUCCUGGCGUAUUCUCUUUUGGGUGGGCGCUGGAUUUGCUCUGUUGGCGAUUGUGAUUCGAUUCUGGGUACCUGAGAGUGAGACAUUUGAGAACCAAAAGGAAGCACGCAAGAUUCUUGGUAAAUCAUUGUUGACAGAAGCCAAGGCAGCUUUCAAGAACCAUUGGUUGCGUAUGAUUUAUAUGGUGAUUUUGAUGGCCUUUAUGAACUUUUUCUCACAUGGUAGUCAAGACUUGUAUCCUACUUUUUUGACAGCCCAAUUAGGAUAUACUUCUACACAACAAACUGUGACCAAUGUGGUGAUGAAUAUUGGAGCUAUUGUGGGUGGUACUUUGAUGGGUUAUUAUUCGAAUUAUUUCGGACGUCGAUUUAUCUUGGUGUUGUGUGCUAUUUGUGCUGGUGCAUUUAUCCCACUUUGGAUCUAUGCUCCCAAUAUUCAAUCACUUCAGUUUGGUGCUUUUAUGAUGCAGUUCUUUGUACAAGGUGCCUGGGGUUGUAUCCCCGCUCAUAUCAAUGAAUUAUCGCCUGCUGCUUUCCGUGGUUUAAUCCCCGGUUUGGCUUAUCAGUUGGGUAACUUGAUCAGUGCAGCAUCUAGUCAAAUUGAAGCUACGAUUGGAGAAAAGUAUCCUCUCAAGAACGAUGAUGGUAGUUACAAGUUGAAUGCUAAGGGACAACAUAUUGCUGAUUAUGGUUUGACGCAAGCCAUCUUUAUGGGUUGUGUCUGUGCUGGUCUGGUCAUUGCAGCUUCUGUUGGUAAAGAAGAACGUAACAAGGACUUUAAUGAACACCUUACAGAAGAUGAUAAUGGACGUGCCGUUGCACCUGAAGAUGUACAUGCUCACAAGGUUGAGCAAGGACAAGCUGAAGAAAAACCUAAACAAUAAUCAUACCUUAACCCCUCUCCUAUGUGUGUGUGUGUAUAUAUAUAUAUUAUUUCUUAUCCCUUUUUUUUUUUUAUCUUAAUAAAUUAUCCCCCCUCCCCCCCUUUUUUUUUCUCUUUCAAA